AAGAAAGUGGCAGAAAAUGGCGAGAAAAACAGGGAACCCCUAUGUUGCUUACCCUCAAAAUUACAGAUUUAUCCUCGACCAGCCAAAGAAGUGUGAACAGCAAAAGCCCUUUGUGGUGAUUAUCGUCCCUGUGGCCCCGCAGAACGUCAAGGCACGUAACGCCAUCAGGAUAACGUGGGGCAGCGAGGAGCUCGUCCGGGACAAACUGGUGCUGGUUCUCUUUCUUCUGGGCUCACAAAGUGGUAACGAAACACUGCAGGAGCAACUCCAGAAUGAGAGCGAGGAGUAUCAAGACCUUCUCCAGAGCAACUUCCUGGAUUCCUACAGGAAUCUGACCAUUAAGACCUUGGUGAUGAUGGAAUGGCUCAACAGGAAUUGUCCACAGGCGUCCUACGGAGCAAAAGUGGAUGCUGAUGUGCUCCUCAAUAUGAAAAACCUAUUACAUAUGCUUGUGAGUCUGAAAUCACUACAACAUAACUACAUCACCGGCCUAGUAUUGUCUGGAAACAAUGUCUUGAGAGAUCCAUCCAGCAAGUUUUAUAUCCCUCAUGAUGUGUAUCCUAAAUCCAGAUAUCCUCCGUAUCCUCUGGGCAUGUGUUAUAUCUUUUCUAUGGACUUACCAGAGAAGAUCCUGCACAUCUCAAGGCAUAUCAGACCUAUUUUUAUUGAGGACGCAUAUCUGGGCAUGUGCUUGAAGCGUUUGGGAAUCGCACCUAAGAAACCACCAAAUAUUGGACAGUUUGUGGUCAAACCACCACAACGAUUCAAUCGCUGUUACUAUUCUAGACGAAUAGCAAUACUCACAGACAGCCAGACUCAGCUGAUUUCCUAUUGGAUGGAUAUUCACUCAACCAAAAGACCCUGCUGAAAAGUCCUGCUAUGAGUCUAAAUUUAUUUUUCUAGAAAUGAAAAGAUCUGUAGUUACAGGCUAAGCUUAAAGUAUUUUUACAACAGCAGCCUGUUUGUUUAACCCGAUAGCUGUGUGUCUUUGUAUUAUUUGAUACAUUUCCAUACUA